GGCAGCCGCGCGGAGCCGGGUCGCUCGGAUCCUCCCGCGUCCCCGCGCAGCAUGGCCGGGCUGGGCGGUGGCCCCGCCGCUUUCGGGCGCUGCACGCACGCCGUGGUGCGGGCGCUGCCCGAGUCGCUGUGCCGACAGGCGCUGCGCAGCACGCCGGGCCCCGAGGUGGACUUCGCUCGCGCGGAGCGGGAGCAUCAGCUGUAUGUGGGCGUGCUGCGGGGCAAGCUGGGGCUGCAGGUGCUGGAGCUGCCGGCUGAUGAGAGCCUUCCCGACUGCGUGUUCGUGGAGGACGCGGCCGUAGUCUGCGAAGAGACGGCGCUGCUCACCCGCCCGGGCGCGCCCAGCCGCAGGAAGGAGGUUGAAGCCAUGAAGAGAGUACUAGAAAGUCUUAACCUCAACAUGGUAGAGAUGGUAGAUGAAAAUGCAACCUUGGAUGGUGGAGACGUCCUAUUUACAGGCAGAGAAUUUUUUGUAGGCCUUUCCAAGCGGACAAAUCAACGUGGGGCAGAAAUUCUGGCUGACACAUUUAAGGAUUAUGCUGUCUCCACAGUCCCUGUUCAUGAUUCUUUGCAUCUGAAGAGUUUUUGCAGCAUGGCUGGGCCAAACCUGAUUGCCAUUGGGUCAAGUGAAGCUGCACAGAAAGCCCUCAAGACCAUGCAACAGAUGAGCGACCACCGCUACGACAAGCUGACAGUGCCCGACGAUGCCGCCGCAAACUGCAUCUACUUAAACAUUCCCAGCAAAGGGCACGUCCUGCUGCACCGAGCCCCUGAGGAGUACCCAGAGAGCGCAAAGGUUUUUGAAAAACUGAAGGACCACAUGCUGAUCCCAAUUGCCAACACAGAACUGGAGAAAGUAGAUGGGUCACUCACCUGUUGCUCUGUGCUUAUUAACAAAACUUCAGAAUUAUGAGUUUACAGAAGUCCCUCCCUUGUAACUGGCAAUAAUGUUACACACAAGGUAGACAAAUCUGUAUCCACACUUUUAUUGUUUUUAUUGACAAUCUACUGUACCACUGUGCUACUAACCCUUGUUUACAAAUUUUUUGCUUUGUGUAUUUUUAUGAUGUCCUUGCAGAUUUUAGGUGGAUGUAUGCUCUCAUUGAGGGACACAUAACUCUGAAGUGUGUUAGUCCCGUGGGCUGGCAGAAGAAAAUUAUAAUGGCUAACCCCAAGCUUUAGCAAUCUAACUUACCUGUGUGAAAUUUUUAAGAUGACCAACUAAUUCUCAACACUUCAAGCACCUCUGUUGUUUUUGCACUGCUCCCUUCUCCUGUGUUUUUUCUUUCUCUUUCUUGAUCUACUCCUUUUAUUCCUUUAGUCUUUCACCUCUGUUUCUUUUCACUUUCAAUGAUGCAAAGUGUCAGUGGGGGUGGAAAAAAGUUCAGAGGACUCAUGAACUUGGUAUCUCCUGUGGUAAGGAAGCUGAAACAGUGGGCAGUAGUCUACACUCACUGUCUCAGCCAUAUCACAUCGCUGCUGCUGGGUAUUGUUAGUUUCAGAUGCAAGGUAGCAGCUUGGGAAAACCGUCCUCUGAUAGGAGCGUUUGAAGGCAGUACCUGCCUGGGAAACUUGAUGACAUAAAAAGAAUUCACAGUGCAGCCACACAGGACACUGCCUGCAAGUUCAGGUGGCAUUUUGCUGCUAAUACUCUGUCCUUACACUUUGGUGACAACAGAAUAAGAGUUUUCUUUAAAGGCCAGGUGCUGGGGAACAUUUGGACCACAAAAAUGAAAAUCUCAGAUGCUUUCAGUAAAGUUGAAGCUAUAAAAAAUAAUCAAAAAAAUUGGGGCUUUUAAUUUUUUUUUUUUAAUUUGUUCCUCCUUUCUGUUGUUUUCUCCUCUUUUGAAGGCCACAUACUAGCAAAAUUCAAAAGGAAAGGAUGAUAGAAUUGAGUUGAAGGACAGUUAUUCCUGGACUAUGCUCAGGAAUAAGGGAAGCUAUUGUUUCCUGAAAGAUUGGUGUGUGUAAUUUGCCCUUGGGGUAGUUUUCCUUGGAACAAUGACUAUCUUAAUUUUUAAUUGCAUGAAUAUUUACUGUGGUAUUCAGUUAAAACAAAUACAUUUUUUUGUAGCAAAUUCCACAGCAUGUUUACCCGCUGAGUCAUACUUUUUUUUGCCACAGUAAAGCGGAGCAUACCCCAUUGUAUUCACAUGCUUCUUGUUAAAUCAUUUGUAAACUACGGAUGGAGAAAUUCCCAAACAGAGCAGUGGGAACUCUCCAGAGUCUUACGAACAGUCAGAACAUGUUUUUGACUUCCUAGACACCUCCUCCACCUUUCCUGAACCACUUGUGACAUGGUGCGAAGGUACAGUCGGAAGUGAGUGGGGAGUCAGUCUGUAGCACAGCAAAUAGCACUAACCAAGCACAUACUUCAGUAUUCUUUGGAAACCUGUGUACUUUUCCACACUGUCAUAAGGGAGGAAACACAAGUACGUAUAUCCGUAGGUACUCCACAGUGCAACUCUCACCUCACCUAGCAGUAAUGUGGAGCAAACAUCCUGUCAGCCACCAGGAUAUGUGUCUCAUUGUCUGCAUGCUGCGAUGACAAGAGGCAUCAUGAGAGAGAGGACAAGGGCAAGCAAACAAAAUGUUUUUAUGGCUGUGUGCUGUCCCAAAGAAUUCUUUCGAGGUUUCCCCUUUGUCUCUUCCAUUCCCAUGCACCAUCAUUUCAGUCUGACUCACAUGAUCAAGCUCUAAGGAUGUAAACAUUGCAGUGGGAAAUCUUUCCCUCUUUCCCUCAGUGCUUUUUAAGUAUCUGAUAAGGCAUCUUCAUUUUAAAAUGACUUGAUACUCAGCAGAGAUUUUGUGCCAAAAAGUAACCCUGCAGUAUUUAACUGUGACUGUCUAAAGGCAAGCUUUACCCUUAUCUGUAUCUGUGGGAGCUGUCAUAUGAAGCCCGCAUGCCCCCUCCCACCUGCCCUGUCUGUACUCCUGAGCCUGGUUACACUUCAUUCCCAUCCCUUUGCCUUGAUUCCUCCAUCUUCUCACCCAGGAGUGGGAGCUGUCCUGUGCCAGCACUGGGCUGUGGGGUCUCCAUUCCAUUUAUGCCUCAAAAUUUCUGUUGUGUUUUUUCUCCUGACUCUCUUCCUCAGACUAUAGUUUCUAGUUUGUGGCAUAAUUAGUGCUUUUUUCUUUCAGCCACAAAGCAGAUUUUCCUCCUGCUGCCUUAGUUCUCCUACUUCAGUUGUUUUUUUCUGCCUCCUUGUUUUUCACUCCAUAACAGACUGUCCUAAAUUCUUUCCCUUCUUGUGUAGGUGCCGGGUGGGAGAAGAAACCGAGGGGUCUGCUCUUACUUUGAGCUGGAAAGAUGAGUGUCAGUAUACAUAGGGAGUGACAAGGAGAACACUUCUUAGGACAAAAUAUGGUAGACACUGCUCAUAGCUUAUGUCUCUGAAAGAAACUGAAUGGGUGAUAGUGGCUUUCCUUGGUUUCCCCAUGGCAUGGAGAGGUGAGGCUGGUCUUUCACCUGUUGCUAGUUAGAUUUCCCUGCCUUCAAGGCUGCAUUUUGGUAUAUGGAAAGAGCAGGGGAAUGGCUGAGGGAUCUGAAUUCCCUAUGGUGAUGAUUUCAAAUUGUAUAUAACUUUUCUGACUUUAGGGGCAGGAUUUGGUUGCUUUAAAUCACACAUGCUUUGUCUCUGUCUUAUAGGCUCGUAACAUAAAGUUCAAAAUUAAAUCUUAGUCUGAUGCCAAAAGUUACCUGGUUAGUGGAAUUGCCCUUACCUCUCUGCUUUUAGCAUUGAUCUUUAUGAUGUCAUUAUAAUAAAGCAAAAACACUUAAAGCGCUUCAGUUUGUGCAUUUGCAGUAUGGUACUAAGAACUAAAAUCAUGCCAAGUGCUGCUUCUUGCUGUUUGUUACUUUUUCUGUUGUCCAAACAAAUAAUUUCUUUGCAAGGACAUUCCUGCUGUAACACGUACAUAUUUAAUGGGUAUCCUGUGCAUCCUGUCACUAGGACAUUUCUCAGAUGUCAGCUGUAAAUCAUCAUCUUUAACUGAUUUAAAUAAUAAAAUGAAAUCCCAAACCAAAAACAAGGAGAUGAGACACUGAACUGCCCACAGAAAACAUUUGAUAACAACUGUCGGGCUGCAUGACGUAGCAGGUCAGUGAAGAAGAUCUUGUGGUUAAUAGCUCAGCAGUGGGGUUUAAAUUUACUUGUCAGAGGUUUUUUCAUUUUGAGCAAGCAGUUUAGCUUAGAUCAAAUGAAAGAACUAGAAUAUGCUUUAAAGGUCUUUAAAAGAUAUUAUCUUUACUGUUAGUGCAAGAAGAGCUGUGAUAUGUGGGUUUCUCUCUUCAACAGAAUGUGAAUACAGUAUCUCUCUCUGCAAUGAAAAUGUGAAUGUGUUCUGUACUUAUAUGAUAAUCUCAAAUUCUUCCAUUUCAGCAUUUUUUGUCACUUCCAUGCUAAUACACUCGCUUUUGGUCUUAAAUAGCUGCCACUAUAUGAAGCUGUUCUCUGAUUUUUGGAUGAAUUCCAGAGGUCAUAGGUACAGAGGUGAUAAGUACCACCAAGCUGAGUUUUAAAAAUAAACAUUCAGUGAAAUGCAGAACAACGAAUCUGAUUUUCUGUUUGCUCACAGUAAAUUGGAGAUAAAAUAUGGGAAAAAUAAGCUUUUGAUUUCACUCAGCUUCUUGAACAUUAUAUUAAUCAAGCAGAGCCAAAUUACUUCAACAGAAAAUACCAGCUUUCUUGUGGAGCCAUUUGGAGAAAAUAAUUUACUAUUUAAGACUCUAUUUUUGUUUUUAUCAAUGAGGAAACUGAAAAGAUAAGACUGCUUAAAGAAUGGUAUUUGUUAAGUGAUUGUGAACAAAGUAUAAUUGGACCUCAUGUAUUUUCAGAAAAGGUUUAACUGGAUGUAUGAUGUAACUUGUAUAGAGCUGCAUGUGAAUUGUUAGUCACUGUUUUUUGUUGUAUUGUUCUGCAGUGCACAAAUAUGACUACUAAACACAGAAGUGUUACAUUUCAUUAAACUUAAAAUCUUGUUGCAGUACACAGUUUCCCACUUUCUGUGCCAAAAACAUCAACACAUUCCAUAAUCUGUUCUAAUAGAGAUUUGCACUUUUUUUUCCCUCUUUUUUGACUCUUGCAGUUUCAAUACUAUAUAUCCCCAUCACAAUGGAAUAAAGUGUCAAUUGUACUGUGAA